CGCGCCGCCUAUGCAGGCCGGCACUCGUUGCUUCCUCCUCCGAGUGUUCGUCCAGCACCGCAAGCCGAGCUCGGGCCUCCUCGCCGCUCUGCCCGCGCCGCGCCCGUGCUCCCAGGCUCCGGAUUGUCUUAAAUGUUUUCUUGGAGCCUUAAAGAUGGAGGUGACAGGCAUGUCCCUGAAACGUGGGUCCCUUGUUGUUGAAGAUAAUGACAGUGAGGCCCCAGUUGAGGAAACAAAGAAACAGAAGGUCUCAUCUGAUUGCUAUCUAACCAAAAGUCAAGAUGGGCUGGAGAGUGACUGUCAAUCCAGCAGUGAGAAUAUACCUGGGCCACUAGGAGCUUUAAGUGUGGAGAAAGGAAAAAAGAAUUCUGAUGCUCAUUUGGAAGAAGAGGAAGAGGAAGAUGGCCUUUCAGAGGAUGGGGAAGAGGAGGAGGAGGAGCCAGAGACUUUUGCAGACAUGAUGAAACAUGGCCUCACUGAACUUGAUGUAGGCAUCACAAAGUUUGUAAGUUCUCAUCAAGGAUUCUCAGGAAUCUUAAAAGAAAGAUACUCUGAUUUCAUUGUUCAUGAAAUUGGAAAAGAUGGACAGAUCAGCCAUUUGGAUGACUUGUCUGUUCCUGUGGAUGAAGAGGACCCAUCAGAAAAUGUGUUUACAGUUUUGACAGCUGAAGAAAAGCAGCAAUUGGAAGAGCUCCAGCUUUUUAAAAAUAAAGAAGCCAGUGUUGCCAUUGAGGUUAUUGAGGACACCAAAGAGAAAAGAACCAUCAUCCAUCAAGCUAUUAAAUCUCUGUUUCCAGGAUUAGAGACAAAAACAGAGGAUAGAGAAGGCAGAAAAUACAUUGUAGCCUACCAUGCAGCUGGAAAAAAGGCUUUGGCAAAUCCGAGAAAACAUUCUUGGCCAAAAUCUAGGGGAAGUUACUGCCACUUUGUUCUAUACAAGGAAAACAAAGAUACCAUGGAUGCUAUUAAUGUGCUGUCCAAAUACUUAAGAGUCAAGCCAAACAUAUUCUCAUAUAUGGGCACCAAAGAUAAAAGGGCUAUAACAGUUCAAGAGAUUGCUGUUCUCAAAAUAUCUGCACAAAGACUUGCCCACCUGAAUAAAUGCUUAAUGAAUUUUAAGCUAGGGAAUUUCAGCUAUCAGAAAAACCCUCUGAAAUUGGGAGAACUUCAAGGAAAUCACUUCACUGUUGUUCUCAGAAACAUAACAGGAACUGACGACCAAGUACAACAAGCUAUGAACUCACUCAGGGAGAUCGGAUUUAUUAACUACUAUGGAAUGCAAAGAUUUGGAACUACAGCUGUUCCUACAUAUCAAGUUGGAAGAGCUAUUCUACAAAAUUCCUGGACAGAAGUCAUGGAUUUAAUACUGAAACCCCGUCCAGGAGCUGAAAAGGGGUACUUGGUUAAAUGCAGGGAAGAAUGGGCGAAGACCAAAGACCCAGCUGCUGCCCUCAGAAAGCUACCUGUCAAAAGGUGUGUGGAAGGGCAGCUGCUUCGAGGACUUUCAAAGUAUGGAAUGAAGAAUAUAGUCUCUGCAUUUGGCAUAAUACCAAGAAAUAAUCGCUUAAUGUAUAUUCAUAGCUAUCAAAGCUAUGUGUGGAAUAACAUGGUGAGCAAGAGGAUAGAAGACUAUGGGCUGAAACCUGUUCCAGGGGACCUUGUUCUCAAAGGAGCCACAGCCACCUAUAUUGAGGAGGAAGAUGUUAAUAAUUACUCAAUCCAUGAUGUGGUCAUGCCUUUGCCUGGCUUCGAUGUUAUCUAUCCAAAGCAUAAAAUUAGUGAAGCCUACAGGGAAAUGCUUACAGCAGACAAUCUUGAUAUUGACAACAUGAGACAUAAAAUUCGAGAUUAUUCCUUAUCCGGGGCCUACCGAAAGAUAAUUAUCCGUCCUCAGAAUGUCAGCUGGGAAGUCGUUGCAUAUGAUGAUCCUAAAAUUCCACUUUUCAACACAGAUGUGGACAACUUAGAAGGGAAGCCACCACCAGUUUUUGCUUCUGAAGGCAAAUACAGGGCUCUGAAAAUGGAUUUUUCUCUUCCUCCUUCUACUUAUGCCACCAUGGCCAUUCGAGAAGUGCUAAAAAUGGAUACCAGCAUCAAGAACCAGACCCAGCUGAAUACAACUUGGCUCCGCUGAGUGCUUCUCCACAGAUUAGAAAAUGUAGACAUUUGCUUCUUGGCCUUGAGUUCGUUUUUUCUCUUAAUGCAGACCCAUAUAUGGAAUUUGAAUCUUUCUACUAAAAGAUUGUAUUUUUUUU